AUGGAGUACAUGAAAGUGUUUUGUGUGAUCCUGCUGGCGAUGGGGUGUCAAAGCAUGUCUUUGACUGAAACCCUCGAUUUUGGACCGACAGAAGUGAUUUCAAACGAAACGGCAGCAGCCUACCAUCUCGGCAUCGACAUGGGGAUCAUUGACCCUGAGAAAUAUUCUCUCGAAUCAUUCGCCCACGAUGAGAUCAAAGUCUUCAAGGACACUUACAACGAAUACAUGGCAAUGAACUGCAGCCACCCCAUGGACUACCAAGAAUGGCUCAUCAUGAACAACUAUGGAAUACUAUCAGAUACUAACGAGUCUAUGUUCCAAAGAAAAAUUAGCAAACGCAGCACAGCCGAUAACAAAAGAGCCUUUAUAAACACCGUGAAGAAAGGAGACAUAUUGAUCUCUGGUCGAGGCAGUGGAGGAUUAUUAGGUCACGCAGCCAUCAUGACCUCUGAUUACUGGGUCCUCGAAAUGCCUGGUGGUGAAGGUUUCAUGUCAGGUAUCAGAGACAAUAACAGACAGAUUCCUAAAGACAAAUGGUUUGACGAACACGCUUCUGAUUGGACUAUUGUGUACCGUUGUCCUGAUAACUCGGUCGCUCGUCAAGCUGCUGGCUGGGCUGACAGGAACUACUACAAUCCUAAUGGUGGAGCCACGAAGACUAUUCACAUAACUUACAAGAUCACUCCUGACUUUCCUUCAAAGAAUCCGAGUUAUUGUUCCAAGCUUGUCGUUCAAGCCUAUUACUACGGUACGGGUUCGAAGAGUGUUAUCUACAUUAGGGACAAAUCCAAUGCCAUUAUCAUUCCUACUACCAUUCCAUCGUACUUCAGAUCUCCUUAUCUAUUAGUAAACAAAGGGAAAUAUUAA